AACAAAGCCAACGCCCAAAUCGCCUACACGCUCCCACCUCCCCCUCCACGACCCAACCAAACCCUACCUCGGCCAUGGCGCUGCUCCCGCGCACGGCGCGCCUGGCCCUGCUCUCCGCGCCGAGGUCCUACUCCGCCGCCGCGUCCGCCGCGGGCGCCCCGCCGACCGCGCCGGCGCCGUACGCGGGCGUGCCCCCGCCGGCGGCGGGCUCCAAGGCGGCCGAGUUCGUCGUCUCCAAGGUCGACGACCUCAUGAACUGGGCGCGCCGCGGAUCGAUCUGGCCCAUGACCUUCGGCCUCGCCUGCUGCGCCGUCGAGAUGAUGCACGCCGGAGCCGCGCGCUACGACUUCGACCGAUUCGGGGUCAUCUUCCGCCCGUCCCCGCGGCAGUCCGACUGCAUGAUCGUCGCCGGCACGCUCACCAACAAGAUGGCGCCAGCACUACGCAAGGUUUAUGACCAGAUGCCUGAGCCUCGAUGGGUUAUCUCUAUGGGCAGCUGCGCCAAUGGUGGUGGCUACUACCACUACUCCUACUCUGUUGUGCGUGGAUGCGACCGUAUUGUUCCUGUGGACAUCUACGUGCCUGGAUGCCCCCCAACUGCCGAGGCGCUACUGUAUGGUGUUCUCCAGCUCCAAAAGAAGAUCAACAGGCGCAAGGAUUUCCUUCACUGGUGGACCAAGUGAAGUGUUGUUUGUUACUGCUCUUGCUUGCUAUAUUUGUUUUCGAUUCGACCUGCUCAUCAUGUUAAAUAAGAAGGGCGUUGUGCUCGGAUGUGCAAAACUUACUGUUGUUGCCUGGGAGGAUUUAUAUGCCUGCCCAGGCUGUGCUUAUGAGCGUUGGACUCUUGUACCUGAUGUCUGUUCCAGAGACGUGCGCUGUAACUUGGUUUUGCUCUACAUAUUGUAAUACGCCUUCGUAACUUGGUUGUGUAAGAUUUUUUUUUCCCAAGUGCAAUGGAGCACUUUACUUAUUAUCA